CGUCGCAGAGUUCACAGACAGAAUUCCGAGCGCCGGGAGCAAGGGAGGGAUUCUUGGUCCCUCAGCUUUGUUGCCUUGCUGUCUGCUCACCUGGCCUCUGGUGCGUUCCGAACACUGCAGCCUGGGGCAGGUGUCCCCCGCCGCCGCCGCCGCCGCCGCCGCCGCCGCCAUGGUGUCCCCGGUCACUGUGGUGAAAAGUGAAGGACCCAAACUGGUACCCUUCUUCAAGGCCACCUGCGUGUAUUUUGUGCUCUGGCUGCCCUCGUCCAGCCCAUCCUGGGUCAGCGCUCUCAUCAAGUGCCUGCCCAUCUUCUGCCUGUGGCUCUUCCUGCUGGCGCACGGCCUUGGAUUCCUACAGACUCACCCCAGCGCCACCCGCAUCUUUGUGGGGCUGGUCUUCUCUGCUCUAGGAGAUGCCUUUCUCAUCUGGCAGGACCAGGGCUACUUCGUGCAUGGUAUGCUGAUGUUUGCUGUGACCCACAUGCUCUACGCCUCGGCCUUUGGCAUGCGGCCACUGGCUCUCCGGACUGGUGUGGUGAUGGGAGUGCUCUCUGGCCUGUGCUAUGCCCUGCUCUACCCGGGCCUCUCAGGUGCCUUCACCUACCUGGUGGGGGUCUACGUGGCCCUCAUCAGCUUCAUGGGCUGGCGAGCUGUGGCAGGGCUGCGGCUCGUCGGGGCAGCCUGGCGCUGGACGGAGCUGGCAGCUGGUGGUGGUGCGCUGCUCUUUAUGAUCUCAGACCUGACCAUCGGGCUCAACAAGUUCCGCUUUCCUGUGCCCUACUCGCGGGCACUCAUCAUGUCUACCUACUAUGCUGCUCAGAUGCUCAUCGCCCUGUCUGCCGUUGAGAGCCAGGAGCCAGCGGCAGACAACAGACUGAGCAAGACCGACUGAGAGGCCAGGGUCUGUGCAUCCCUCUUUCUGGGAACCUACAGGAACUGGAUCAGGAUGGCUGCAGGGCAGCCUGGGGCAGCAGGUACUGCCUGGGGGAAUUGAUGAGUCUGAGGAGGUAAGCAGAAGGAUCUGCCUAGCAGAGCUAGUGGUCUGGGACAACACUGCAAGCUUAGGGGGGCAGAUGCUUGCCCCUUGCUGGAGGCAAAGGUAUACCUGUCCCAUCUCUACCCUGUUGGGACUGUAAGACACCCCUCACCCCAGGAUUAUGGUGCUUACCUUUUUGACCCUGUUCCGAGCUAAGUGGAUGAGUCUGAUUGUAUCUCUUAUGCUGAGGACCAAUGCAGCACUGGGCUUAUCCAUUCCCACCAUUUCUGAUCUGCAUAGAGUUGCAGGAAAGAGGGGAAAACUGUUGAGAAGACCCAGGGCCAGGGCUUGGAGGGCUUUCACUGGUCCUUAGUUGGGAAGAUUGGAUGAGGGUGGAUUCUCCUUUCCCAUUAUCUAUCCUUAGUACUUGAACAAUCUUUACGUGGUGAGUGUGAAAGGGAAGGGGUGUCUGUCUUGGUGGCAGGAAAGGGAGCUUCCUUGGUUGGAGAGCUUGUGUGUACCAGGGAUUCAGUAGGCCCUGGGUCACUCAUAGGCCAACUCAGAGUUCAGGCCCCAACAAUCAACCUUAGAUCCUGUUUCCAGAGCUAGGGUGAACGAUGCCAAAGGAAGGGGCCAGUCUGCGUGCAUGUGCGUGUGCAUGUGUGUGCAUGUGCGUGUGUGUGUGUGUACACUUAAGGGGUCUGGUUUCUGGCUUGUUUCUCUACCAUAUUGUUUCUGUCCUGCUGUCUGUAAAGUCUCAUAGGGAGAGGGCCUCAGGGAGCUGCUGAGGGGUACGGACCCCUCACUUUACACACCCAUCCUCAGUACUUUCUUCCCUGCCCCUCCUGCACUGGUCGUAAAAGGAAGGGGCUGCAAAUGACACUCUGGGGUCUUAAAAUCCAAGGCACAUUCAAUGCAAGGGGAGCAAGGAUGGAACAGUCCAUUCUCUACUGCCCGUGUGAAAUAAAAAAUAAAAACCUAGGGCCGUUGACUUUCCUACCUGUCUGGCUGUGUGGCACAUUCUUGUCCUGGAGAGGAGGUGGGGGCAUGGUGUCAGGGCCCUGGCUGUCCUCAGAGGCUGGAUCACAGUCUUGUGGAGGGCAUCUCAGCACUAGGCUGGUUCCUUGGCUCUGCUGCCCUCAUGCUGGUUGGAAUGGGUCUCACUUCCCUGGUCACAUGCAUGCAUGAGGAUGUGGUUCAGGAGGGUGGGGAUGGGUGACACUUGCCUUUGUUCACCUUUUCUGUUGUUCUGCUCUGUGCAGAUGGCUCAGCA